AUGGGCGAGGCGAACGUGUUCAACACGUUUUCCUUCAACAAAUGGGCUGAGCAGAAGAAAGAAGAGGAAAUUGAUAAGGAAACAAAGAGGAGAAGACAUGAACAGAUCAAACGCUUGAAAGAGAAACUCCGAAAAGAGAGAGCUUUACGAGAAGCUGGAAUGGGUGACGGAGAUCUCGAUUUAGAGGCGCUCAUUUUAGCAAUCCAGAACGCGAAUUAUCAAGACGUAGACGAAACUGAGACAACGGAAAUGAAAAGUGACUCAACGACAAAUGAAAACGAUCCACGAGCUGCUUAUAGAGGUGAUCCAACAAGUGACGCUUAUAUUUUACAAGAGGUAAUGAAAUACGCAAACGAUCAUCCGGAUGGAGGCGAUUUUCGAAAAGGACGCCCACAAACUGCACAGAAACCACCUGAUUUUGAACGCUUCAACUAUAAUCGGCGAUAUGCCGAUUUGGAGAGUCAGAGAGCAAAGACACCGGAAAGGACGCGCACCCCUCCACCGCCGAGGAGUUAUCAAGAGAGACCCCGUAGCCAAGUGCGUCCGGCGAGCCGUCGUCCCUCGUCCAGCCUCGGCAAUCAAAUGUUCCAAUACAAUCGAAAAGUCAGCGAAGUCACCCCAUCGAAUGAAUAUACGAAUAACGGAUAUCGAAAUGAGAAAUAUUAU